AUGUCGCACGUACCACCCGCUGGUAUCUACCCACCGCUCGUUACUUAUUUCAACGAGGACGAGUCAAUCGACUAUGAUAGCCUUCUGAAACACGUUCACCAUGUGGUCAAAGGCGGUGUUACAGGUCUUGUGCAGCACGGAAGCAACGGCGAAGCGGUCCAUCUGCUCCACGAAGAAGGGCAGCAGAUUAUUGCUCGUGACUACCCUGAGAACUUGCGGGGGCCGAUUGAUGAGAUGACGACUAUAGAGAAACGUCUUUCUUCCGCUUAG